AUGAGUCCAUAUUUGGUCAACGGGCGGGCGAAAUCGUGUGCGACGACGAGUUGUCCGUAUGGAUACCAGUGUAAAUUCUCACAAACCGCCAAAGAUUACUUUUGUUGCUCGAAACAGACGAAGAAGAGCAAUUCGAAUAGGAUUAGGGGCGGCGGCUGCGAACGAGGCAACGCUCUCCUCUACCCGAGUACCCAGGAGGCAGUUCAGUGUGACCCACUAGCCCGUGGGUGUCCACAAGGAUAUCUUUGUCUCCCUCACGUCAACACAAAGAAAUAUCAGUGUUGCUCGGUAUCCGCGAGCAGAGACAAUUCAGAAGACAUUGAAAUUGUCUGCCCAAGUUAUAUGGUCAAAAUGGUACAAGAAGUGGAUGGGAAACCACAGUUGAAAUGUGUAAAAUCCUGCCCAACCGGUCAAAAAGCUGUGGAUGGUUUGUGCACAGUGGAGUAG